CCUUGUGACGUUGUGCCCACACUUUGAUGACGUAGAGACAAUAUGGCGGAACAAACCAGAAUGGAAUUUGCUGUUCAGAUGACUUGUCAGUCCUGUGCAGAUGCAGUUUACAAGGCACUUAGUGGAAAGCCAGGUGUGCAGUCUGUGGACAUCAAACUACAGUCGGAACAGGUCAUUGUAAAAACUUCUUUGCCGACAGAUGUAAUUAAGUCCAUGAUUGAAUCGACAGGCCGAGUGGCAGUUUUGCAGGGAUUUGGGGGAACGUCUGGUCUGCACCUAGGAGCAGCAGUGGCUGCUAUGGAUGUUGGUGCCAAGGAAAUACGAGGUGUUGUGCGAAUGGUACAGACCUCAGAAGACAGUUGUUUAUUUGAAGGAACGGUAGAUGGCCUCCCACCUGGUCACCAUUCUCUGUGUGUGCAUGAGAAAGGAGACAUAUCUGAUGGUUGUACAAGCUGUGGGGAUGUGUUUGGUGCAGGAGAGACUGAAAAGGCAAAAGGAAUACUGCAGGAACUUGAGGUGGGGGAAAGCGGUCAUGCCACAUUUCAAUUUAGUAACAAACAGCUGAAGGUCUGGGACCUGAUUGGUCGCUCCCUUAUUAUUCAUAAGGGUUCACAGAUGAACAGUGUUAACAACAGACUUGUGUGUGGCAUCAUUGCACGCUCAGCAGGACUGUUUGAGAAUUCCAAACGCCUUUGUACCUGUGAUGGCGUUAGCAUCUGGGAAGAGAGAAAUAGACCUGUAGCUGGAGAAGGCCGGAGGCAGGAAUCAAAGAUUUAGUCAUGUGCCGCAGUUUUUGCCUUUGAGGACCAGUGCUUGAAGUCAUUCCUGCAGCCUGGAUUAACUUGGCGGCUCCAGGUGUCUCAUUGACACAUGACCUUUGAGCUCAUCAGUACUGGAUUAACAUGACGGCUUCAGGUGUGGAAUGGACCUUUGAGCUCUGUCUAUUGAUGUUACAGUUGUUCCACUGGAUGCAUUAUGUUAAACAUGAAUGGUUAAGCAGAUAAUUUUCUAUGCUUUUGAGGCACCAAGUCUGAAAUCAGACCUAAAGCAAGAAUAUAUGUUACAAAGAUACGCAAUGUGGUUGAUUUGUUUGCCAAAGUAACUGCAGUAAUUUUGUUAAAUGAAAAUUCCUUUGUUUGAAAGUUCUUCAGACAGUGAAGUUCAUUUGUUUUCUUUGCUUAUUCAGAAAAAUAAAUGCCUUAAAUUUGUGCUUACAAUGAUAAAGGCCUUACAAUUUGUGCAUAAAAUACCAGCAAGUUGGAAACGACAUUCAUGUAGAACAUUGUUAUGUAUAGCAGAAAAGACGACUCAGAAAUAUAAAGUUCUGCGCAAGGUA